UGUACACGUACAUGUAGUAAAUGCUGUAUCAACGAAUUCGAAUUCCAAUAUUUACGAUUAUUCUAGCCUGUUUUGGCUGUUUUUUUGACGGAUAAAGUUGUGAUGACUUCGAAGGAGGAAUCGAUGAGGAGAUGGGCGGGGCGAGUGGCGCUAGUCACGGGGGCGUCCUCGGGUAUCGGCAAAGCGAUCGCUAGGACUUUGGUACAACACGGGAUGAAAGUGGUCGGAUGUGCACGUAACGUUAUAGCCAUUGAGGAAGAGUCUUCUUUGCUCAAGGAAUCCUCAUCCCCCGGCCUCCUUCAUCCGAUACAAUGUGAUUUGUCUCAAGAGAAGGAAAUACUGGCCAUGUUUGACCAGAUAUGGAGGAAGUUUGGAGGAGUGGACGUGUGUAUUAAUAACGCAGGGAUAUCGCAUGCGGCCAGUCUUUUAGAUGGGGAUACGCAGAAAUGGAAAAAUAUGCUGGAUGUAAACAUUUUGGCAGUUGCAAUAUGUACAAGGGAAGCUGUCAAACAGAUGGCCCAGAAAGGAGCAGAUGACGGUCAGGUCAUCAAUAUUAAUAGCAUCUCAGGUCACAAGGUGACACAGAGUAAAGACAGUCAUUUCCACACAGCCACCAAGUUUGCCAUGACGGCCAUGACAGAGGGCGUCAGACAGGAACUCAGGGAGGUGGGAUCUAUGAUCAGAAUUGCCAGUAUAUCCCCAGGUAUUGUUGAGACGGAGUUCGUAUCUCGGAUGUAUCCUGAUAACCCAUCCAAGCCUGCAGCAAUGUACAAGUCAAUGCAGUGUAUGCAACCAGAACAGAUCUCGAGUACUGUACAGUAUAUCAUGGAGUUACCACCACAUGUGCAGGUUCACGAUGUUCAAAUCCGGCCAACUGAACAACGAAACUGAGAUCAUCACUGACUUUCAAUGGAGAAAAGUUGCUCACAAUCAAUGCAAAUA